CCCGCGGAGGGGGACCACAGACAUCGCCGUGUCUGAGAUCUUCAUCAGCCAGAAAGACCUGGUUGGCAUCGUGCCCCUGGCCAUGGUGUCCGACCGCUGCGACUACGUCUUUGUCAAUGGCAAAGAGAUGAAAGGCAAGGUGGACACGGUGGUGAACUUCACAUACCAGCACCUGAGCGCCCCCCUGCACGUCACCGUGUGGGUGCCCCGGCUGCCCCUGCAGAUCGACGUCUCUGACACGGAGCUGAGCCAGAUUAAAGGCUGGAGGGUCCCCAUCGUGGCCACUAAGAGGCCCACGCGAGACAGCGAGGAUGAGGAUGAGGAGGAGAGGCGGGGCCGAGGCUGUGCCCUGCAGUACCAGCACGCCACCGUGCGGGUCCUCACGCAGUUUGUGUCUGAGGGCGCCAGCCCCUGGGGCCGGCCAAGCCACCUGCUCAGUCCCGACUGGCAGUUCGACAUCACCCACCUGGUUGCAGACUUCAUGAAGCUGGAGGAACCCCACGUGGCCACUCUCCAGGACAGCAGGAUCCUGGUCGGGAGGGAGGUUGGCAUGACAACCAUCCAGGUGCUGUCCCCACUGUCUGACUCCAUCCUGGCCGAGAAGACAGUAACCGUGUUAGAUGACAAAGUCUCGGUGACAGACCUGGCCGUCCAGUUCGUGGCUGGGCUGUCGGUCACCCUGCACCCCAGCACAGAGAACAGCAAGGCCGUCACGGCUGUGGCCACAGCUGAGGAGCUGCUGAGAACCCCCAAACAGGAAGCCGUGCUCAGCACUUGGCUCCAGUUCAGCGAUGGCUCAGUGACACCUCUGGACAUCUACGACACCAAGGACUUCACCCUGACCGCCACCUCCCUGGACGAGGCCGUCGUGUCCGUCCCCCAGCCCCGCUCGCCCGGGCGGCCCGUGGUCACGGCCGAAGGGGAAGGCCAGGGACCCCUGGUGCGAGUGGACCUGACCAUCGCGGAGACUUGCCAGAAAUCCAAGCGCAAGAGCGUCCUGGCCGUGGGCGUCGGCAUCGUCAGGGUCAAGUUCGGCCAGAACGACGCCGACUCCAGCCCCGGCGGGGACCACGGGGAGGCCGAGAUGAAGAACCACGCCAGCGACCGGCGCCACAAGGGCCAGGAGGGGCACUGGUACGGCAGCUCCUCCGCGGAGCGCGAGGAGGGGGCCCUCCGGAGGGGCAGCCCCACGGCCAAGUCGCUGCUGGACAACAAGGUGGGCAAGAACAGCCGGCUGGACGGGGGCCGGCUGGCGGGCGAGGGCCAGCUGCAGACCAUCCCCAUCGACUUCGCCAACUUCCCGGCGCAGGUGGACCUGCCGCAGGCGGGGGGCGGGCCGGGGCCCGGAGACCUGGUGCAGGCGCCCCGCGGCCUGAGCGACCUGGAGAUCGGCAUGUACGCCCUGCUGGGGGUCUUCUGCCUGGCCAUCCUCGUCUUCCUCAUCAACUGCGCCACCUUCGCCCUCAAGUACAGGCACAAGCAGGUGCCCCUGGAAGGCCAGGCCUCCGUGACCCACUCGCACGAUUGGGUGUGGCUGGGCAACGAGGCGGAGCUCCUGGAGGACGCGGGCGACGCGUGCCCCCGGCAGGACGAGCGCACGACCGUCAUAGACGAGAGCAACCGUCUCCUGCUCAACGGAGGUUCCCAAAAGCACGGGCAGAGCCAGGUCCCCAGGCCCGCCGACUCCGGGGACAGGCAGGGCAGGGGCCAGACGCACGAGCCCCUGCACUCACCCACCUCCAAGAGGAAAAAGGUGAAGUUCACCACCUUCACCACCAUCCCCGCCGACGACAGCUGUCCCACCGUGAACUCCAUCCUCGGCGGCACCGACGAGGACAUCAAGUGGGUGUGCCAGGACGUGGGCGUGGGCGCCCCCAGAGAACUCAGAGACUGCCUGGAGAAGUUCAAGGACAAAGCCUAGGCCCCUCUGGCCGAAGGGCCAGCGCUUGGACGCCCUCCUUCGGUUCCAGAGCAAAUCUGGGGCUGAACAGGGAACCGUUGGGGUCCCCUUGGAAACCAGCUGGAUAUUCUGAAGCCGGAAAGGGACUUUUUUUGUAAUCAGAGGUUGAUGACGGCAGAUGUUCACAAGUCGGCUAAAUAAACUCGGGGAAGGGAGCUUCUGGAGACGUUUGACCUACGUGGGGCCAAAUUGGGAAGGUUAUUUUAUGAGUCAAAAUAUAACCCAGACAAGCUACCAAAAAGUAUUUGUUAAAAAAAAAAAUGCAAAAAGACAAAUAAAAAGACAAGUAAUC